ACUUCCGGGAUGUAUGGCAGAGCAAAAUGACAGCUGGUUAUUUUCAUCAACAAGGAAAAUUCAAAGUAGACAUCAAAGGGUCAUGUGGUGAACAGCCUCCAAGUCCGCCUUGUUCUGGUCUGUCCAGAGAUACUCUUGACAACUGACCAAAAGAGGGACCAGCAUUUCAUCUGGACACGUCUGCCAGCCUCACCAGCCACUCUGGAGCCGUCAGCACAAACACAGAAGAAGACGGUGAGCUGUGAUAGCGGUCAAGUCCAGGGAGACGUCUCUUCAGCAGUGGGUGAGGCUGUUCAUCGAGACGGAGCCAUGGAGCCUCCAGAGGUCAGGCAUGGCCGCACCUUUGUGGAGGUGAUGAGUGAGAAGUACAGCCCAGAGAACUUCCCGUUACGCAGAGGACCUGGUAUGGGAGUGGUGGUGGUGCCUACCGCAGCUCCUCAAGGCUCCCCUAUGAAAGACCGUCUGAACCUGCCCAGUAUCCUGGUGUUGAAUAGCUGUGGGAUCAGCAGGGCGGGAGACCAGGCUGAGAUCGCUGCGUUCUGUGCCCAUGUCAUGGAGCUGGACCUGUCUCACAACAAGCUGCAGGACUGGCAUGAGAUCAGUAAAAUCGUGUCCAACAUCCCCAACCUGGAGUUCCUGAACCUGAGCUCCAACCCGCUGGCAGGAAUGACCCUGGGGCCGGGCUGUGCUGAAGGCUUUUCCCGGGUCCGACGCCUCGUCCUGAACAACACUCAGGUGCCCUGGGACACCGUGCUGCAGCUCACCAGAGAGAUAACUGAGCUGGAGGAGUUGUUCCUGUGCCUUAACGAGUACAGUGAUGUGAGUGCCUCCAGUGUGACCUGCCCCACCUUACGCCUGCUUCACAUCACCGACAACAGCCUCCAGGACUGGGCCGAAGUCCGCAAGUUUGGCACCAUGUUCCCCAGCCUGGACACUCUGGUCAUGGCCAACAACAACCUGGCCUCCAUUCAGGACAGCAAGGAGAUCCUGCAGCGGCUCUUCCCCAACCUACGCCGCAUCAACCUGCACAACUCAGGUCUCAACCGAUGGGAGGACAUUGAGAAGCUGAACUUCUUCCCCAAGUUGGAGGAGGUGCGGCUGCAGGGCAUCCCCUUACUGCAGACCUACACCAACGCAGAGCGACGCAGCCUCAUGAUUGCACAGCUCCCUUCAAUAUCCCUGCUAAACGGCAGUGUUGUGACGGACAGCGAGAGAGAAGACGCUGAGAGGUUCUUCAUCCGUUACUACUUGGACUACCCCGAGGAGGAGCUGCCUUACAGAUACCAUUCCCUGGUCACCAAGUACGGGAAGCUGGAGCCACUUGCUGAGAUCGACCUCCGACCUCGCUGCCGUGCCCAGGUGGAGGUUCACUGUGAGGAAAAAGUGGAGCAGCUGAGCAUCCGUUUGGACCAGACUGUAGCUGAGCUGAGGAAGCAGCUGACAACAGUGGUCCAGCUGUCCACCAACAGCAUGAGGCUCUAUUACAUCGACAAGUGCAGUGCCUUUGGUCCGGAGGAGAUGAAGUACAACAACCGGGCUCUGCACUCCUACAGCAUCCAAGACGGUGACGAAAUCCUGGUGGUGCCCAAGACCAAGUGAACAGCUGGUGUCCCACUGGAUAAUCAGAGUGACUCGUUGAUUGAUUGAUUAAUUGGAUUAAUGUUGAUUGGUUAACUGACAUCACAAAAUAAUUGGAAAAAGGAACAGCAUCAGCGGCCCACUGAGAGUAAAACAAGAGGAUGAUGUGAACACCAUCAUGGAGACUGGAUAGUGGACUACAGUGGGCUGCUGGGAGUCACUGGCUGGAGAUGCAGCCAUUAUGUCUUUAUUUAUUUCAGCUUUAUUUGAGGGCAUCCACUGGAGUUAGACAAACCUGUCACACUGGAGAACAAGCCGAGGGAGCGACUCGCAGUCAGCUAGCAGCUUGAGCAGAGGGGAGGGCGCUGCUGUACCAGCAAAGCUUCGCUGCAGCUCUGUCUCUUAGUACACGGCAUGUACCAUAGCACCUGCAUAGGCAAGUAUCCAACACCACGGGCUUGCCCACUUUUUGCAAAAGCUACCAUGAUUAGUAGUGAGAGCGUGGAAGGACUGCUGCGCUUAUCUGCACUGUUAGAGUGGGCACAAUAUCAGGAAGAGCAGCAGCUGUUGAAGGAAAAAUCCUGCCUGAAACUGUUAAAUGGAGGUGAUUACAGUAGCAUUUUGGGGUCCGUUUUGUUAUUUAGUGGUGUUUUUUUUGUAUUUUUAUGGGUAAUUGCCAAAAUUAGAAGAUGCAGCAUCACAUUCAGAUUAUUUAAGUCAAGAGGCAAAAAGCACAGGACUGUUCUUAGAACCAUAAUCAACAAUCAGUGUGACAUUUAUUAUAGCAUACGCAGAUUUUAGAAACUUAAAGAUGCCUCCCUUGAAAUUCAGAAAUGUAUAAAUACACGUACACCCCCACUGAUAAAUCCAGAAUCUAUGAAUGUGCAAAUUUGGUAAUUAAUUGCAAAAUUUUAACUACUGGACACAAGAUCUUCCUGCCUCAAUUAAAGGUCCAGAUGAGCACAGAGGAACUUUCCUCCUCGAGCAGAUGAAUGUGAAAACAGUUUUCUGAUUUAGUGUCGCGCCCUGCACAGUGAAGAUCAAACGACCAAAUCGAUACAGGGUUCCCACAGCCAUGGAAAACCUGGAAAUGUCAUGGAAUUUUACAGUCACAUUUUUCCGGCCUGUAAAAGUCAAUGAGAUUGUUAUAGUAAUUUUCCGUUGAUAAUCCUGCACGUCAUGUAUGGUAAUGGCAAAUGGAUUUUCUUUGCCUGUGAACUUGACAUAGCUUUAACAUGCAUCGAUGUGUGACAGCGUUUAGUUUACCAUUACUAGGGAUACACGAUCGGUAUCGGCCGAUGAUGACUUGAUGGUCACUAAAAACAGGGCAGGAAAAAAGUGUAUUGAUAUGGGUUUUGGUUAUUGCUCAAAUGAGUUUUUACAUAUCGGCAUUUCAGGUAUCCGUGAAAAAUCCAGUAUCGUGCAUCCCUAACUAUCACGUACAUUUUGUUAUUUUCUCCCUCAUUUUUUCUGCCAGUGAGCUAGAAUUAUAUUUGAAUAGAGCUGAGGCUGAUAUGUUUGAAAAACGCUGGGCACAUCUUUGCAAAGUCCUUGAAAAGAUUGGAAAUUUUGUCCAUGAAAAUGUGUAGGAACCCUGUCAAUAGUAAAGUUACGGUGAGGAAAACUGGAGGGAGACAUUAAAUAGAGAGGAAAUAGAUGAGACAGGUUGAUGGAAAGUUGACGGUAUAGAAAAGAAAAUGACACCACUUUAUGACAAAAUGGCUUCAAGUGUGCAGUGAUGAUACAAUUGUGAUAUUUAACAGUGUAAUGUGUAUUUUAGUUUUUCCUUAAUCAUGUUACGUGUUUUCCACAUGUGCUUUGUGGACUUGGAGAAGGUUUACGGCCUGUGGAGAGUUUGUGGUAGUGGGGCCAUCUGUGUCCACGUUCUCAGCAGGAAGUCAAACACGUUUUCAGUGAGUGUUCGGCUUCACCAGGGUCGUCCUUUGUUACUGAUUCUGUUUGUCAUUUUCAUGGGUAGGAUCUUGGGGUGCAGUCGGGGUGGGAGAGUGUCCAGUUAGGGGAGCUCAGAAUUGUGUGUCUACUAUUUGCAGAUGAUGUGGUUCUGUUCAUCAGACCAUGACCUCCAGCAUGCACUGGGGCGGUUUGCAGUUGAGUGUUAAGCGGCAGAGGUAAAAGUCAGCACCUCCAAAUGUGAGGCCAUAGUUCUCAGCUGCAAAACACUGAAUUGCCUCCUCUUAGUUGGGAGUGAGUUACUUCCCCAAUCAAAAGAGUGAGGGUGAAAUGGAGAGUGGGAUGGACUUGGAUUGCUGUGGCGUCAGCAGUAACGCAGGUGUUGUACUGCACCUUUGUGGUGAGGAGGUAACUGUGUCAAUCGACGCUCCAACCCUCACCUGUGGUCAUGAUACGAGUGGCUGAAAUGAGUUUCCUCUGCAGGGUGUCUGGGCUCAGCUUUAGAGUUAGGGUACAGAGCUCGGACAUCCGGAGGGAGCUUGGAGUAGAGGUGGAGCUUCAUGCAGGCUGUUCUCAUUCCCAGGUCUUCAGAUACCAACUCUUUGUCACCCCCCUUGGCAUGUGAUAUCAAUACCAAAGGCACCUUAUAGCAUUUGUUUGAGACACACUGGAUUCUUAACUAACUCCAAAGUAAACCCAUCUGCAGAAGUACGUGACGCUGAGAUCAACUGAUGUCAUUUAAAGAGCGAGAAAUCUAGAGUCGGGCAUGGCGGAGAGGAAGUGGAUGGGUCAAACAAAACCUGACUUUCAUCCAGGUGUUUGUGUCUUGUUUUAAAUCAGAAGUCAUUAUUGUUUUCAGUGUAACCUAACGUAACUUCCGAAUGUACGUACCCUGUGAAACCAAAAGUCACAGUUGUUUUAACGUAAUAUUUCGUAAUUUACAUUUGAUGGUCGGGCACUGACGUCACUUAUCUGAUGUAUAUACUACAUCACUCUAUGUUACGUUACGUUAUGUUAUGUUACAUUGUGUUGCGUUAUGCUACACUAUGUUACGAUAUGCUACGCCACGUUACAUUACGUACAUAUGUAUUUACAUCACCCUAUGUUACGUUUUGUUACGUUACAUUAAGUUGUGCUGCAUUGUAGAGUUGUACCGAUACUAGUAUCGGAAAUGCCUCCGAUACUGCCUUUAAUGCGAUAUCUGGUAUCGGCGAGUACAGCCUAUGACCAAUCCGAUACCACGAAAUGCCUCACGUCAUUACGCAUACGCACGCUACAGGCAAACGAAACAGAAACAGAGUUUAAAAAGCAUUCUACUGUAGCCUUUAAAAUGUCUUUUUACCAAAUUGUGUGGCUGCACUUUAACCUGUGUCUUGAUCUGUGUCAACACUGGAUAAUAAUAAUUAAAAAAAAAGUUUUAUGGCAUUCAUUCUACUAUGAUGUAUUUAUUUCUUAAUAUUUUACAUAGAGUUUUAGGAGUUGAGACAUACAACAAAUCAUAUCCCAUUCAUUAUUUUACUCGCUGGUAUCGGAUUGGUACUCGGUAUCGGCAGAUACCUAAGGUUCAGGGAUCGGAAUCGUUAUCGGGAAGGAAAAAGUGGUAUCGGUACAGUUACAUUACGCUACACUACGUUAUCUUACGUUACGUUACGUCCCUGACCCAGUGCAGGACUAAAUUACGUUUCAUGAUGAAUGUAGUUAUUUUAACCCAAAACGUGAUCUUUUUUUCUGAACCUAACCGUGACUACAUCACAACAUUAACCAUGUAUACAGUGUGUUUCACAUAGAUGCAUUAAAGGGUGCCUGUGUGUUGCUGUCAGACACCGAGGGGCCUGACAAAGCAUCUGUACUUUGACUGCCCGGGAAUGAGGACGGGUUAGAUCAGAAUGCUUCCUGUGUGUCUCUCUUUGGAGGAUUCAGGGCACAUCUAACUGGUUGAUGACCCUGUGGUAGACCUAGCACAAGCCAGAGAGACUCUCCCCCAAUCCCAAAUGGAUCCCUUACAGACCCGUUGACUUAAGCCCUAAGCCCUUACAGACCAAGGACCAAUUCCAUUUCUUCCCCUUAGCCCUUGUCUUGGCCCUUCCAAUUGGUUUUGCGCGUUCACGUGAGGGGGAGUGGUGUCCUAAUUCUCCGUCAGGUUAGCUCUUAACCUGAUAGAGAAUUGGGACACCAGUCUCUGUAAGGGAUCCAUUUGGGAUUGGGGGUAUAUAUCUCAUCUGGCCUCAGGAUGAGCCAGGAGGACCUGGAAUAGUAGUGCUGGAGAGAGGGACAUCUGACUACCUUGUGUAUCCUGCGGCCAGUGUGACCCACCCCCAGAUAAGUGUCAGAAAAUGGGUGGAUGGAUGUUUCUUUAAUCACUGACCAAGAUCUGAUGUUACUGUGUGUCUCAUCACAAUACUGUAUGCACACUCGCACACACCCACACAGCAUCAGCAUCAUCACAAAGCAGCUGUCGUGUCAUGUCAUGUGCCUCCCCUACAGGUUUAUUGUGACUCUGCCACUACAAUAAAAGCACUAGAUGAGGGAAGAAGUGAUACACGAACACACACCUCAGACAAAAGACAGACUUUCAAGUGCAUGUUCGGCACAGGAGCAGUAUGAAGGGGUUAACUUCUCUAUUUAAAACAUCAUGUGAGUGUGAUUGAUUAUAUUCAUCCACCCAUCCAUCCAUUAGCUAUAGACACUUAUCCAGUUCAUGUUCAUUUAUUUGAGCACAAAUCAUUAACUUGUGUGUUCAUGGUCAUUCUGAAGGCACAUGGUAGCAGUGUGUUCUCAUCAGAUUACCUGAUUUUGUACACAUGGCUAUUUAAUUUGACCAGUUUUUGCUGUAUAAUAAUAUAAUAGCAUUUAGUCAUUUAGUUAGAUAGUCAUAACAUCUCAUGAUUCCUUUAAUUGCACAUGAUCUUAUUUCGUGGACCUUUAAGUGUUUAAUCAAUGCACUUUCUUUACAGUGCAUUUAUAAUUUUAUAAGAACUUUAUUAGUAGUUCUCCUUGAACAGACACUGAUCUCAGUUUAGUGCAUGUGUGUGCACCUUUAAAGGGAUAGCUCAGAUCUUUUGAAGUGGGAUUGUAUGAGGUGCUUACCUAUAGUCAGUGUAAUAAGUCAGUGGGCAGCAGUGGCUCGGUCCACAGGGAUUUGGGUUGGAAACCUGAGGGUCGCCAGCUCAAGUCCCUGUGUGGAUCAAAAUAUGGGGUGUGGACUGGUGAACAGCCCCCUCAUUCAGACAUCUCUCAGUUUAAUGCAUGUAUAGGUCCUGUUUGUGUAUUUCAGGCCUGUGUGAGUAUGACAACUGAGUGAAAAAACUGAAUCUUCUUCUGUUAACUACAGUAGAUGGUGUUCGGCAUGCCCCCAGUUUGGAGAGCAGCAGAGUGUCACCACAGAAGCUGUGGACAGGGGCAUCAGCAAAACAUAAUCUAGCCACCUAAAAAAGUCGGUUUCUGUGUUCUCUGUAUUUAGAAUAUUGUCACUGCUUUACCUUAUCGUCAGAGAGAAAUUUCAAAUCAGGAACUGUAGCCGUUAUGUCUCUCUUCAUAGCCAGACUCCAUUGAGAAAAACAGUGAUUUAACAUCGCUGAACACAGGAGCUGGUGGUCUACUGCUGCCUCCAUCACUCAGUUUGUGUUAUUGUGUGACUUUGGUGUUUAAAAGGUUUAGUUUGGAUUCAUCAAAGUCACACAAUAACACAAACUAACUCACUGAUCAAAGCAGAGGCAGACCAGCAGCUCCUGUGCUCAGAGAGCUAUAAUUACUGUUUUUCUCAGUGGAGUCUUUGAUGAGAGCAUAGAUGGGGACAAAGCAGGUAAAGGUAAAGCAGUGAAAAUACUCUGUGUAGUGUACACUUAAACUGAUUCUGAAUUAUUUGCUGCUCCCUCCAUCCAUGUCAGAGAUCCAUCCUGCUUCUCCAAACUGGGGGCGUGCCGACUGUCCUCUACUGUAUGUAAUACACUCACUACCUUUACAUGCACAGUUAAGUCGUGCUACAGUUACAGCUUGGCUACUGUCCUUGUCCCAGUAUACAGCAUUUAUGGACUGAAGUAUGUCCGACUCCGCUAUGAUAGGUGGAGAUAUGCCCCAUUUCAGCUUGUUAGUAUUGGACCUUUUUCCUGUUGACCUAUUACAUCACAGUCCAAACAAUCGACAAACAAGUUAGCUACGGUUAGCUAGCAGCUAGUCUCGCUCACCAGACCUUCCUCAAGAAAAGAAAGGUCUGGCUGGGCCGACUCUCACUUUAAGAUUGGAGAAAAAAACGCCCUGGCUGCUUGUAUUUCUUUCAGCCAAUCACAAUCGUUCUUGGCGGUGCCACAGCAACGGUGCGCUUGCAAAAAUAUUGCCGGGUGGAAACAGGUUUUGGUGUAACACGCCCACAAAAAUAUCACCUACAGGAAGCGAACCAUGGCAGAAAAAUGGCUACAUCCCCGCAAGAUCAAACACCGCAAAACUUAGUAAAGGACGUGUUGAAAACUGCUACACAACCGGAGAUGGUAGGGCAGGACAUCAGCGGGUGGCUCGUUCCGCCCAAUGAGAGGCUGAUCUAUGCAGCGAACUUCCGCGCACUCAGACUAGCUAGCAGCUAACUGCUACCAUGGUGGACAACUUUACAGCUCUGUACAUUUGUUCUGUCGAAAAAUGUACAGCUCUGAAUGUAGAUUUCUCCAUGUUGUUACCAGCUUCUUCUUCUGUUACACAUUUAAUGCUAUUGAACCUCUGGGUCAAAGCCCGGGGCGGAAAUUGUGCAGCAUGCUCAGAGCGCCUCGGCCAGUUUGGGUCCAAUAGACCUAUUGACUGUAUACAUGCAGGAGGAAUUUGACUCCCACAUUAUCUGGGUGUGUUAGUCCGACUUUGAGAAAUUCAAUGGAGAACAAUUUCAUUCAGAUUAAUAUGUUUAUGUGGUUUUAGUCGGACUGACACAAUAAAUUUAUUUUCUCUGAUGUCAUGUAAACGCACUGACUGACUGAUAAGUACCUCAUACAACCCCACUUAAAAAAAUCUGAACUAUCCCUUUACACUGCCCUCUAAUUUAGUGAAGUAUUACUUUAUGCCUCCACAUCAGUGUGUCAUGUUACACAUUCUACAUUUCACUCCAUCUUGCAGAGAAUUACCUCCACCAAAGAUCGCUCGUUAGGGUAUUAUUAUAAUGUGGAAUAUGUACAGUAUGUAUUUAUUUUAUUACACAGUAUCCACCCUGUAUAAGAGGAGCACUGAUGCCUAUUGAUUUUUCCUGUAGCAAGGAACUUAGCAGGGUAGGGGAUUCCUGACAGUGUUACGACCGUGAACGCAGCUGAUACAGUGGGUCAAACCACUGGAUUAAAUAUUCACAUUUAGUGUGUGGAAACAAAUACCUGUUCUCUCAGUUCAUCCGCUGCUGAUAGAAAGCUCAGCUCAGUGUGCCGUGGCCUCUUUUUAACAGUGUUUUUACCCUCCUAAUGUAUUAAUAUCACAAGUAUGUAAAUGCAACAAUAUAUCCCUCCUCACUAUUAUAAUUUACCAAUGUUUAUUUUAUAACACUACUGCUAUACUUGAAUAUUAGAAGGUGUGAUGGUGUAGCAAUGGCACACAGCAGGUUAGAUGAAAAGAAUUAAAAUGCGUUUUAUCACAGUAGUGCUGAAUAAAUGUUAGCGUAGCUUGAACCACAGCCAUAGAGUCCAGCACAGAGAGAGGCAGCAGAGCAGCUGGCACCUGAGUCUCAACUCAAGCAUUUAGUUAUAGUGUCUGUGCUUAUCAGUGUGAGAUCUGUUUGACGUGAGGACAUGUGUGUGACUGUCUGCAGCGUGGGUGAUGUGUUUGGUAUGUACGGGAGCAUAUUGAUGCCACGCCAGGAAAAAAACAAACUGAUCAGUAUCAGGUAAUAACAUUAAAGUUUCUCAUUAUAACAAGAUGUUUUUCAUGUUUUUACAAGAUAUUUAAUAUUAUAAUAAAGUUUUUGUGUUAUAACAAGAAACUUUUCUCGUUAUAACAAGAUAUUUAAAGUUGUAACGAGAUCAUUUUUGUGUUAUAAAGAGAAACUUUUUGUUAUAACAAGAUAUUUUUCACGUUUUUACAAGGUGGUUUCAUGUUAUAAGGAGUUUGUCUUGUAUUAAAAAAAAGGAAACUUUCUUGUUCUAACAAUAUACUUAUUUAUUUUGUCACAACGUGAAAUUUUUAUCAUUAGAAAAUGAAAACAUGUUGCUAUGACAUGAAAAUAUCUUGUAAAAAAUGUGGAAAACUUCUCAUAUAACAAGAAACUUCUGAUGUUAUUUCCUGAUACUGAUCUUUUUUUCUAGCCUGUCAGCUCUACGCUGUCGUAGUGAUGCAUGUAAUUUAUUGAUUUAAUGUGUUUGCGGGGAGAGAGGUCUCUAUGCCUGCUCAGAUUUAUGGAAUAAUGAAGUCUAUGGAACUUUGUUUAACAUGAAGCCCAAGGAAAAAUUUAUUAUAAGUCUUGAUGUAAAUUUACUGUUUACUUGUUGAACUCAUCCAGAUUUUUGUUUCUGUUAAGAACAGGAUGUUGUCAUGUUAUUUAUUCUGUCUCCUGCUGACUCUCCAACAUGAUACAAGCUGAAAAUAUCGGCUAAGCCAUUUUAUAGCCCCUGAAAACUUGAUUUUAGAUUUGAAGUAUUUCUCUGUAACAUUAAAGAUUCAUGACUAAUAAAGCAACAAUCAAAGUUAGA